AAUACAGAACUGAUGAAACAGGAAAUGGCGCAACAUGUUUGAGUUCCUGAGGAAAAGAAAAAAAAAACUGCCCAGAUUUAAGACACAUUAAGUGUCUAAGUUGUCUAAAUGUCUAAGUUCCUGAAGACUUCAAAGAAAACCAGCAGAAUUAAGAUUCAGUUCACAUUCACUGAUAAAGUGGAGAGUGAGUAAGUUUGGACCAUCAGUGUGUGAGUUCAGAGGAUCAGUCAUGAGGGAGUGUUUCUGCCUUUUCCUCUUUAUGCUGCACUUUGCUGAAGGUUGUCGACUUUCAGGUUAUAGAGAGUCUAAAGUAACAGGUUACACAGGUGGAUCAGUCCUGCUGCCCUGCUCCUGUACUGACCCUCAAUCUACAGCAGAGACAUUCACCUGGCUCGUGUUACACGGGAGUCAACGAAAUGAAGUAUUCACAAAUGAAAUCUACAAGGGCAGACUGAAGCUGUCUAAUGAAAGAUCUCCAGCAAAUCUGUCUCUGCUCAUUUCUGACCUCAGAAAGAGUGAUGAAGGGUCAUAUAGGUGUGAGAUUUUAGGCACAAAUUAUACAGACAUUCGGGUAAAGAUAAAAGGGUGUGAUCUGGACCAGAAUAAACAGACGGUCGAGGUGACGGGACACUCUGGAGAGUCUGUAGUUUUGCCCUGUUCCUGUACUGAACUACAGGACAAACCUCUACAACUUACAUGGACAUUUACUCCACUAAACCAAAGAAAACCUGAAGAAAUUUACCCAAAUGAACAGAGUGAGAGACACAUUGGUAGAGUCAAACUGUUGGAUCAAACCUCUCCAGGAAAUCUCUCUCUACUCAUAUCAGACCUGAACACAGAAGAUCAGGGAGAAUAUCAUUGCUCUGUGCUUCAACAACAACACGUCAACAUCAGACUCAGUGUUCAAGAGGAACUUCACUUUCAAUCAAUCUGUUUAUCAAUCCAUAAACCUGCAAAAGAAGAAAGUACAAGCACUCAACACUCAGGAGGCAUACAGAGAAAACAACCACACAACUCACCUUAAUGAUGAAGUGACGUGUUCAAACAGACACACCAGCUCACAGAGAUACAGUAGAGCAUGUGAAGUGUACAAGCGUCAAAGAAAUAUGACUUCAUCAUCUGUAUUUAGUUUGAAACUUCUGAUAUUUCCUGUUGUUAUAGCGUACCUAUUGUAUGCCCUCUGUUUUAACUCAACUUAAAAAGUAAACAAUAAAACACCAAGUUAUUCUGACCAAGUAUCGCUAAUACUACACAGACUGACAAACUAUAAAAAGAUUUAUACAGCCAGACUAAAAGCAGUGUUUAUGUAUGUAGAAAGUUAUAGUAGCUUGUUCUUCAUAAUCUCUGUGGCAAGUUUCCUGUAGACAUUAUUUUGGUACCAUGUAAACAUUUUAAUGAUUUAACAAAUACUGCAGAAUAUCUGUCUUUCAGCAGGACUGUUGUGUUUUAACACAAUAAAAAAUAUUGUCAAAUA